ACUGUGGAAUGCAAUUGGAGAUCGAAACCGUUCAACUGUUCGGAGAUGUUCCAUCCGCUGCUUACCAUAGUGGGGCAUUGUUGUCAAUUCGAUAUACCUUAUUUCAUGGAGCAGGCAGAUAACCAGACGAACUUUAUUUCUGGUCUGGACUCCACUGAGGCUUUGGACAUUGUCGUCAACGGACAGAGCUCUAAUGGACAUUCUGUUCUAUACGUGUACGAUUAUAAAGAAAAAGUGACCCUGGUCGACAGCUUUUUCAGUCUGACGCCGCAGUCGUUCUUCGACGUCAACAUCUACGUGUGGGCCAUCGACUCCUCCAGCUAUGUCAAGGCACUGCCCCUGUCUGCGAGGAAAUGUAUCUUGGAUACGGACCAAGGAACAUUUGCUGGGUUUCACCAGGGAUGUAUGACGCGUCUGAUUGUGAGGAAAGUCGUCAAUCGCUGCCGCUGUCUGCCUUUUGAUUAUACUUCAAAAGAAUUGGACGUAGAGGACUUUAGUAUUUGUUCGUGGGAACACUACAUCUGCAUAUAUCAAACAAUAGAGAUGAUUGAAGUUGACAUAAAGGAUAUAAUAUCUGAUAGUGAGUGCUACCAGAGAUGUGAUUACGUGGAGUAUGAUAGUGAAGUGGAGUUUGUGAAACAUCAAAGGCAUUUGACUGCACUGAAUGGAACUUACAGCCGUGUUUUAGUACAUUUCAGUCAGAACACUUGCAUGAAGUAUCGACGAGAGGUGCUCUACACUUGGGACCAGAUGUUAGCGAACCUCGGCGGUAUAUUCGGACUCUGUCUUGGUGGAUCUGUGAUCAGCGUAAUUGAACUAAUCUGGUUCCUUCUAGAAGUAAUCUACGCUGUUCUGUGUUCCUUCUUCAAGAACCGCAUCGCACCAAAAGAAAAGGAGAAGGAAAAAGAAAAAGUAUUCGUUAUUACUCAUAAGGAAAUGUUAUCAAAGAAAAGUUCUGGAAAGAAAUUUGGAAAAUAUAAGUUUAUGAAUUAAA